AUGUGCGUUUCAACAUUAUUCGGAAUUCUUCAAAUCGGCUUCUAUGUGAUUUUUGUGCGCACCAGUGCAUCAGUGAGCAUUCAUCAGCUUAUCACCCAAGCAAAUACAACUCAAUCCAACCCGCUGGAAAUACUGCUCACAUCCAUUCAAAAUGAGCAAAACUUUAGCACAAUGGUGCUGUGGCGCCGUAAAUCAACGGAUUGCUUUGCUGAACUCUCCAACUGCAGCACCGCAAAACUCAUCUUCAACGGCAGCCACUCGAUCUACUUAAAUGCGCAUUACAGUCGCGAGCUUUUAACGCUUGUGUGUCUUGACGAUUUUGUCGACCUUUGGCUGCUUGAAAAGAUGAGCGACAGCUUGCGCCAUAUGCGUGAAACGAGGGUUUUGUUCCUGCUAAAAAAUUUUACUACUUCGCAGCAAGAGUAUAUGCGGAAACUUUUCAGCUACUGCGAUCAGCAACAAAUGUUGAAUGUUUUGGCUAUACGUAAGGAUUUCGCAACAACCGGACUUUUCUACACAUUCACCCGCUUCCCUAACUUCACCAUGGACGAAGCUCAGUGGCCGAGUUUGUACUACCCACAUCGUCUCAAAAAUCUGCAUGGUUAUGAGCUGCGCACCAUGGCUUCGCAAUCGGAACCGGGCUCUAUUGUCUACACAGACCAUCAAGGCCGAAAGCGUAGUUCCGGUUACGUGUAUCAUCUCAUUGCGACCUAUGCUGCGCAGCUUAAUGCCAGUCUCACUUAUAAGAUGCGUUUGAAUGCGGGCGCCAGCAUUGAAACCUCGAUCUUAGCAAACCUUACCGGUGCUUACGAGUUGGAUUUACCGAUUUGUUUGCAAAUUCCCGUAGAAAAUACGUCGCUGCAUGGGCUCUCACACAUAGUGGAGAUCAGCAAUUGGAUGCCUAUGCUGCCACGCAGCGGCUACAUCGAACGCUGUGAAAUCUACAAACACAUCUUGAGUAGAAAUACUUCCAUAAUAGAUGUAGUAAUUUUUAUUAUUUUCUCUCUACUCUACAUUUGGAUUACCAAUGAAGCUCAUAGUGUGCGCAGGCCCGGCAAGUUUCCUUACAAGGAGUUGUUCUUCAACGAUAAAAUAUUUCGUGGCGUCAUUGGACUCUCCUUUCAAUUGCGUAAAGAACGCAACUACAAAUUUUAUCUGCUCUACUUUCUAAUCUUUCUGCAGGGUAUCAUUUGGAGUACCGUUUAUUGCGCGCAACUCAAUGGUUUCUUUAGUCGUCCGCCAUCCGGUGAACAAAUCAACACUUACGACGAUCUCAAGAUGCGUGACAUACAAAUUGCUAUACCUCUGGAGGAAUUUGAGUUGCUGGAAAAGUUCAUGUCCAAGGCCUUCAUGCGUACCUACAGAGACAUUUUCCUCAUGAUACCCGAGUUGCGUGAUUUCUAUGCGCUACGUAAGAGUCUUAACACACGAUUCGCCUACUCGACUCAUUCGGAAAUCUGGGCAAUGGUUGCACGCCAGCAACUUCACUUGUCACAACGCCUAUUUCGUGUCUCAGAGGAGGUGCAGUUUCAUCGGCAGACUUUAUUGGCGGUACCCUUGGCCGAAAAUAGCGUUUAUCGCGCUUCGUUCAAUGCCUAUUUGUUGGAUAUGCAGGCGUAUGGUUUCUGGAAUCAUUGGACAGCGAUGAGCCUAUUCGAAAUGGUCGAGGCGGGAAAGCUCAGCCUGGAAGAUUUUGUAGAACCACUCGGUGAUAAAGCGCUACAAUUGCGCGAUCUGUAUUACAUUUGGUGGAUCUAUAUUUCGUGUAUUGCCACUAGUUGCUUUUGCAUUCUGGUGGAAAGUUUGAAUCAGAAGCUCAAGCGUGACGGUCAACAAUACUUGGCACUGCUAUGGAAUCAAAUUGCAGAACGUUUGAAUUGGAGAAAUAAAUUUAGUAAUAUGGGAAAUAUUGUGUGA